UCCGUUUCUCGGUUUCUGUACUGUUAUAAAACAACCCGUUCAUUCCAAUUUUAAUUCAUCGGCAAACAAACAUCAAAGCUAAAAGAAAACAAAUAUAUCAAAACAGAGCAAAGCAAUAAUCUGAAAGAAGAAGAUGAGUGCAACGAGCAAGAGAUGGAUGGUGGCUGCGAGCAUUGGAGUCGUCGAGGCAUUGAAAGAUCAAUUAGGCGUCUAUCGGUGGAACUACGUUCUCCGUUCUAUGAAUCAUCAUCUCCGUAACAACGUCAGACCCAUCUCUCAGACCACAAGAUUCUCCUCCUCCUCCUCCGCUUCCUCCGCAGUUACUUCCGUCAGUAAUUCGAAACAAGCUGAGGAAUCACUCCGGACGGUCAUGUACUUGAGUUGUUGGGGUCCCAAUUGACGCGUACGGAUCGACAAGUUUCUUGAACAUCUCUUGCAAAAUUCCAAAAUCAGAUCACCCAAUUGGAGAUAUCUGAAAACCCUCCCCCAUUCGUCGAACAAGAAUCUGGAGGAGUUUUGCAUAUGGCUGACUCGAUUGGGUCCAAGAUGGUCUCUCACAAGGAGUUAAAAACGAUUCACUUUUGUUUAGUGGCUGCAAUGUAUAUAAUAUUGUAUACUCUCUCUACUUGUAAAGCCUUAAACGGCUCUUUAAUCAGUCCAUUAAUCUAGUCUCAAAGAUCACAGAAUCGAUUCAUCUUGCUUGAUUCUA